AUGCAAAAUCCCCAGGAGUCAAUCCUGAGCCCAGUCUUACUCAACGUCUUCAUCAGUGACCUGGAUGAGGGGACAGAGUGUAUCCCCUGCGAGUUUGCUGAUCACACGAAGCUGGGAGGAUUGGCUGAUGCCCUGGAAGGCCGUGUGGCCAUUCAGCGAGGACUGCUGGCUGCAGGGCAGGCUCAUCCCAACCACCUCCUGCCUUGCUCCUACGCAUCCUCCUCGCCCCAGAGCAAGAGCCCGGUCCGUGCCCCCACAUCGCAGGCUGCUUCCCCCUCGCUCCCAGGGUGCCAGGCUCCCGUGGCUUCUGCAGGGAGAGGGGCUGCCUUCCCGGUGCUCGGGAGCUUUGCAACCGAGGUCACGUACACGCUGCGAACCGUUCCCUCCAUCCUCCCGCUGGAGCAGUGGCCUCGAAGCGCCGCCACUUCCCCGCCAAGCGGCAGCAGCUGCGCCCCUGCGGAGCAGGGCUGGCCAGCCUGCAACCCACCAGCUGCAGCGCCCUGCGGUUCCCCAGCUGCCUGCACAGACCCUCUGACCAGCUGUGCUGGCCCUGCAGCUUCGCCGAGUGCCCAGAGCAGCCUUGUCCAGGUGGGUGAAGCCUCCUGCAACCAGAGUCCACCUGCACAGUCACCUGGUGCAGCUGAGCUCCCACCCUCUGACUGGCCCAUGAAUACACCUGAUGUCAACAACCAGACAGAAGUAGACCUGGCAGCUGUGUUCCAGCUGGUGGAGGAGAUCUGCUCACCUCUCCUGGGGGAACUGGUGCAAGUGGAAUCUCUGGUGAGCCAGUGUUUACCCCUCAGCCCAACAGAAGUCAAGCCCUGCUGGCAUCUCUGGCUCUCAGAGCUCCAGGCACAUGGAAGAGCACCUUGUUCUCUGUUGCAGCCUCCUGAAGACCUUUGUGCUGCCCAUGCCGAGGGGUCUGCAGAAAGGGCUGCUGCUGAGCCACUGGAGGAUGCCAACGUUCUGUGUGCAGCAGCCACAGAAGAGAGACCUGAGCCCGUCGACGCUUGCGCAGGAGAGAGAGAGUCAGCAGAAACAGCCCCGUGCAGGAAGAGAAGACGCGGUUCCGACGAUGGGCAGUCCCCUGAUUUCCAUGUGCAGCUGGAUGUGCCCUGCAAGCGGGGGUGCUUUGGGAAGGAAGAAAGAGCAGAGUGA